CCCCGGGAGGCCGCCAAUGGGCGGAUCGCAGGAUGCGAGGCGGGCGCCGCGGAGGAGCUCGGGGCUCGACCGGCCGCGCCUGGAGCGCGCGGGGUUUGAGGCGCCGCUCGGGCGGCCGCAGCAGUCCGCUCCGCCCAUGGCCUCCGCGCUGGAGGACCCGGUCUUGAUCCGUCCCCUCAGAGGCCACGGGGCGGCGGUGACGGGCGUCGCCUUCAGCGCCAGCGCCGCGGAGCUCGCUACCUCUUCUUUGGAUAGGUGUCUUAUGAUAUGGAAGCUGAAGAAACAAUGCAGAGCUUACAAAUUCGUAGGUCACACGGAUGCCGUGACCAGCGUGAAUUUCUCACCAGAGGGACAGCUACUUGCUUCAGCUUCCCAGGAUCGUACUGUCAGGCUGUGGAUUCCUUGCAUUCAUGGCGAAUCAUCAGUACUGAAAGGUCAUACAGCAUCUGUUCGGAGCGUAAGCUUCUCACAUGAUGGCCGCCUUCUAGUUUCAGCAUCCAAUGAUAAAUCAGUAAAAAUAUGGAGCGUUCACCGUCGGCGCCUUUUGUUCUCACUGUUUCAACACACUCACUGGGUUCGCUGUGCCAAAUUUUCACCUGAUGGAAGACUAAUAGCAUCUUGCAGUGAGGACAAAUCUGUGAAGAUCUGGGAUACAAUAAAUAAAACUUGUAUCGAUAGUUUCAUAGAUUAUGGAGGGUUUCCAAAUUUUGCAGAUUUCAACCCAAGUGGUACAUGUAUAGCUUCUGCAGGUUCUAAUCAUACUGUGAAACUGUGGGAUAUUCGAAUGAACAAGCUGCUACAGCAUUACAAAGUUCACAGAGCAGAAGUUAAUUGUGUAUCGUUCCAUCCUUCUGGUAACUAUCUCAUCACUGCUUCUUCUGACGGUACCCUUAAGAUUCUAGACCUCUUAGAAGGAAGACUUAUUUAUACGCUUCAUGGACACAAGGGAUCUGUCCUUUCUGUGGCCUUUUCAAAAGGUGGUGAAAAAUUUGCCUCAGGUGGAGCAGAUGGUCAGGUAUUACUAUGGAAAACCAACUUUGAUUCAUUUGAUUAUAAAGAAGUUCUUAAGCACCACAUUAGAAGAAUACAGACUGAUAACCCUCCUCAUCUUCUCGAUAUUUACCCAAGAUCACCUCAUCUCCAUGAUGAAAAGCUUCAGUCAGUUGAGGUCAACCCUACGUUUGAUGUGGCUGAUACACAAACAGCUGACCCACCUGUUGUAGAGAUUAGUUCCUCUCCAUCUUUCGGUACUCUGGAUGAUGUCAGCAAUGAAGAUUUGCAGUAUCCCUCUGCUUCGGUCUUGGCAACAAGUUCAAAGAGGAAGUCUGAGAAUGAGAGCGAAUCAGCUAUGCAUAAUGUGGACAAGAAAAUAGGCAUCUCCCCAUCCCUGGGUAAUGCUUUGGAGAACAUUGUGGAACAGCUGGAUGUUUUGACUCUAACAAUUUCAAUCCUGGAACAACGGCUGACUUUGACUGAAGAUAAAUUGAAAGAAUGCAUAGAAAAUCAGCAAAAAAUUUUACUCCAGGGAAGACAGGAAGAAUGAAAGAUGAAAAUGAACUGCAUUGAUUAGUAUGUUUUGUAUUUUCACUAUGAAAUAAUAAAUGUUGCUUCAUUGGAUUUGACUAUAAGUGGAAAAUAAUUCCUUUUCUGCUCAUCAAUGUAUUAAAAACUGAAGAAAAAUUGUAUGACAUUUUAAACAUUGUUAGCAAGCAGACACUGGUUAUACAUUUAGUAAAGUAUAGCCCAGCCAAAAGUAAUAUCUUCUAAAAUCAUUCCCACUGAAAGUUACAGGACUCUUAUUUCAACCUAAUAAGAUCUUUAAAAAAACUAAACAACAAGCUAUAUGUUUUUAGAUAAAUAGCAAUUACUCUGGAAGUGCACUAUGCAGACUUUUCAACUCAUGUAAAGACUGUGAAAGUAAUGCUCAUUGUGCUAAGGCAACAACUCCAGCACCUAAAUUAAAUAAGGCCCAAGUCCUAUCUGCUUAAGUGCCAGAAGUUUUCUUUGUCUCUUACGGACUGUCAGAUUACUCAGUUACUCUUCAUCUUCUAAACAUUUUAGUGAUGAUUGCAAGAAGAUUUAGUAUAAUAACUUGUCGUUACAAAAAUAAAGUCAUGUAAAUGUUGAAGCAACGAUUUUAUCUAUGUGAAUUCAGAUGCAAGACAUGCAGUGUUGCACUUCUACUUAUCCAGUCGAAUUCAGUUUUCAUUUUUAGGAAAAUAAGAAUUAGCUCCAUAUUUCUGAGGAAUAUAUCUGAACCGAACACACAGUGAUUCAAAGUCUAGAUCACAAAUACAAAAGAUCCCCAUCCUCCAAGGAUUUCCACAGGUGCUCACGUUUCUUGUGCUAUGAAUUCUCCUCAUCAUUUAAUGCAUUGUGAAUUAAGCCAUAAUCAGUAAAGAUGUUGUGUGAGUCAGUUUGCCAUGUAUAAUGAAUUUUGGUUUUAUUUGUAAUAAAAAUGUGAUUUUUAGAAAGGUGUAA